CGGGAGCUUGGCCCGGGACGGUCGGUGGGGAGGGAGGGAGAGUUCAGCAAGAGAUGCCUGCCCGCGACGCGGGUCCCCGACUCACCGCAGCGCGCGGCCAGGCUGCCUUUGCCUUGCUGAGUGUCCUUUUGUGCAUCUCUUUCUUUCUCUUUCUUGUCGCGCCACCUUGCUCUGCGGCGGAUUAAAUGAGGAUAUCAUGACGACCACCGGAGCGGGCAGGAUGCAGCCCCGCUCGCUCUUCCUCGCCCUCGCCAUCAGCCUGCUGCUGUUCUUCUGCGCCGGCGUCGACGCCUCGAUUGGCGACCGGCUGCCCGAGUUCCGCCAGUGCGUCGAGGUGUGCAAGCACGAGAACUGCAACCCGGACAAGCCGCAGGCCCCGAUCCCUCUUCUCCACCGCCUCCUCCUCUGGGACUGUCCCCAGGAAUGCGACCACGCCUGCCAGCACAUAACCACGGCCGCCCGCGUGUCGGCCGGCCAGCCCGUGGUGCAGUUCUACGGCAAGUGGCCCUUCCGGCGCCUCCUGGGCAUGCAGGAGCCGCUGUCGGUGCUCUUCAGCAUGGGGAACCUGUGGGCGCACGCCGAUGGCCUGCGCAAGGUGCGGGCGGCGAUCCCCAAGUCAUACACCCUGCGGCCCUUCUACGUGGUGCUCGCCCACGUCGGCAUCGCCAGCUGGGCCCUCAGCUCCGUCUUCCACACGCGCGACUUCGCCGCCACCGAGCAGCUUGACUACUUCGCGGCAGGCGCCAACGUCCUCUACGGGCUGUACUACACCGUUGUGCACCACUUCCGGCUGGACCGCCGCGCGCCCCGCCGCCGCAGCCUCCUGCGCGCCUGGUCCCUGCUCUGCGGCGCCAUGUACGCCGGCCACAUUGCCUACCUCAAGCUGUGGCGUUGGGACUACACCUACAACAUGGCCGCAAACGUCGCCUGCGGCCUCGUCCAGAACGCCCUGUGGUCAUGGUACUCAUGGGUCAAGUACGAGCGCACCGGCCGCAGCUGGGCCGCCUGGCCUGGCUUUGCCGUCGCAUGGAUCAUGCUCGCCAUGAGCCUCGAGUUGUUCGACUUCCCUCCACUGUGGGGCAGCCUCGACGCCCACAGCCUAUGGCAUCUGGGGACCAUCGGGCCUACGAUCCUGUGGUACAACUUCCUGAUCAAGGAUGCCGAAGAUGAUUUGGCCAGCGAGAGGCUGAAGGCCUAGGCUGUCUGAGAGCCCGGGGGGAGGGGCUCCCAGCCCGCCGAGACACAGGUCGGAAGACACGGGGCAGAGGGGAAGUGGCUAAAUGUGUCUACUAGUUGGUCUACACGCGAUAUAGGACGAGGCCAACACUCUCAAAUCUCUCUACGUGGUUCAUGGUACACUUAUGGCAUAUUCAUGCGUCGCAUCCCAAAAUACCUGCCCACAUUCUAAGCAUGGUUUUGGCCAUCCUCUUAAUUGUAGGUAUCUGGUUGUGCUUCUAUUCCGCAUACGUCCGGGGACAUAUAUGGCGCCUUCAUACGGUGGUAAACGCUCAAGACCCAGGACUUACAAAACAUACGGUAUCCAUACCAGUAGUUAAAAUACGAUGGGUGUGUGUAGCCUCAGCCUUGCGACGUAUGGAUAAGGCUAAGGGGCACCGUCUUGACAGUAGUGUUGACUAGAACGCCGCAGAAGUAGUAAAAAGAGAAACAAAAAGAGAAGCAGAUAGAAGAAGAAGAAAACAGAAACAGACAGAGCCAGUCUUGUACAA